AUGAGAUUAAGAAAUAAUAAAAAUGCCAUCGAGGCGGUCCAAUCGAUUUCGAUCAUUAAAAAAAUUGCUGGAGUGUGUGUGUUCACAUUCGUCGACACUCCGAAUAACGAUGUGAUUCCUAAAUUUACUGUCACUGGUUUGGUAUGUUUCAUAUUUUGGGUGUCUAUAUAUUGUUUCUGUGCCUAUCGAGCGUUUAGCGACGAUCAAACAAUUUUACGAAACAUUUAUGAUACUAAGCUCCGACAGUACGGGGAUAUAUCUGAGAGAGUAGUUAGUUCGUUGUUUUUUGUAUAUGGAAUGUGGAAGAUACCGUUUGAUACAGGCUUGACCUUGAAAUAUAUUCAAAUAGUUUUUGAAAUAGAUCGUAAAAUAGAGAAGCUGGGAGUGAAAAUCGAUUACGAUAAGAAUGCUCUAAGAAUAUUUGCGGGCACCAUAGCUCAGGUAGUAGCAGUAGCGACUCACGUGCUGAGCGUUUGGAUCACGUUAUCCUAUCUUGAAGUGAGCAUGCCCAUUGAAGUGAUAAUCCAGGUUUCUAUGGCCGAUACUCUCGCGUUGAUAAUCACAGCACACAUAUGCUACUACCUGGCGCAUUUGAAAGAAAGAUAUGAGAUACUUAACGAAUUGUUGUUGGGAAUAAGGGAUCGAAACGCGUGGCAGCAUACCGUGCAUACCGUACUGAUCCGUAGCAAAGCGCCGGUCAACUCUCAGAUGGUGACGGACUACCAAGACAAAUGCGUUUCGGAGAAGAUCAGAGCAUACGCGAGGAUUUAUGGCCUGCUGUUUAAGGCGGUUCAGACCGCUGAAGAGAUGUAUGGCUUUGCGUUGGGAUGCACCUUGUUGUUUUGUCUCUUUUACAUCGUCCUAUAUCUCUUUUAUUUCAUGGAGGCAACUGCCACUGGUUUAUUCCACGACACAUCGAGAUACAUAUAUUUCUUAGUCUACGUGAUGUGGCAAAUUGCGUACACUUUGGGAGUGAUAUUCCUCAAUAUUUUUUGCUCUGCGAACGUCGUUGCAGAGGCUAAAACAGCAUCUUAUAUCGUUCAUGAAAUUAUAAAUGAGGAUAUCGGCCAAUCAAUUACGACCGAGUUUCAGGGGGCCCGCACUAUAGUGACGUUGCUGGUAAUACUACUUCAGUUUGUAAUGGACUAGUUGGUGGAUCCCGUAGACCAAGGUUGCUCAAGGGCGACUAUCAAAAUGUUAAUAACCUUUCGAAAACACAUAAUUUAAUGGACAAAAAAUUAUUUUCAUUAAAUACAAAGUAUAAUAUUAUAAAGUACUUAUUAAAACACAUCAUUAAAUCCACCACAGGCUUCGUCAAAAAGGAACUAAAAACAAGAAUAAACCAUAAAUCCACAAAUGUUUCG